ACAUCAGGUGUGAGGCAGAAGGGAAACAUCUGUAACCUGCAGGGCAGAACUGAGAGACACUGAGCUACACUACUCACACAAAGUUAGAGAUGUUUGGCUUUUGGGUGAACGAAGACCACAAGCUGAACCUAAAAUCCACCUCAACCUUUCCACUUUAUCUUGCACAACUUCCUGUUUUUAACAAGGAGAUUAACAACAAAAUUCACAAGGAGUGUUUCUAAUCCAUGAAUCGACCAAUAAAUUUCCUGGUUCAGUCAGAACAGUCCUCCUCAUCAAGCUGUUCACGUUUUGACAUCCUGAGGCCAAGAUGACACAUAACAGAUCAUCAGUGAGUUUCCAUUUCAAACUUCAUUCUCAGACAGAAGAGCCCACCAAACCCAGAGAACAAACGAUGUUUGGCACAUCCGCAGAGCUACAAAGACAUCCGUGUGGACUGAACCGAUGAGCCAGGAAAGAUCUCAGUGAACAUCAUCAUGCCACACAGCAGUCCACCAGUUUUCUGCACGCCAUUUCUUUGAUGGAGAGUCUGCAGAGUCAUCUCAGUAUUUCUGCAGAUGACAGGACUGCCUUCUACCGGAAAUCUGAGGUCUAAAAUGGAACGUUCAGGAGACACAUCUGACAAUGUCCACAUCUCUGAAUCAAGAGGCUGGUUUUCUGUCGGCUCAUGUUGGAGAAAAAGUGACAAUGCGAUGCACCUAUGAGGGUAAUGAACUGGUGUGGAUCUGCUGGUACCUGCAGACUCUGGGACAGAAGCCAAAGCUCAUGUCCAGUGUGUUUGUGUACGGGACAGAGAUCAGUUUUUAUGAGGAAUUUGAGAAUAACUCGCAUUACAUCAUAGAGAAAAAAGGACAUUUGCAUUAUUUGACAAUAUUAGAUCUAAAAAUGUCAGAUUCAGCUACAUACUACUGUGCACUUAGCUAUAAACAAGUUGUGUAUUUUGGAAAGGGAACGACAGUCAGUGUUAAAGGUCCAGGCAUUAACAUCCAAGCUUCGGUCCAUCAGCUGGAAUCUGAAACCAUCCAGCCAGGAGUCUCUGUGACUAUGAACUGUACGGUACAAAUUGAUAGUUGUGAUGGAGAACACAACGUUUACUGGUUCAGGAACACAGAGGAAUCUCAACCAGGACUCAUUUACACCUAUGGAAGCAGGAAGGAUCAGUGUAUGAGCAACUCCAGCACAAAAAGUCAAAUAUGUGUGCACAGCCUGACGAUGAAGAACAUGAAUGCGUCUCAUACUGGAACCUACUACUGCGCUGUUGCUUCAUGUGGACAUGUUGUGUUUGGAAAUGGGACGAUGCUGAGCCUCUCAUGUGAUAAAAUGCACCUGCUCUAUUUGUCGGCUGGAUCUUUGACAACCCUCCUCAUUGUUUUGUUGAUUGCCUUGGGAUGCAAGCUAAAUAAAAAGUACUGCCCAAGUUCAGAACCUGAACCUUCCACCGCCACCGAGAAUACCAACCAAGACACAGACAGAAUCCACUAUGCAUCAAUAAAUGUCGAUCACUCCAAUAGAUCUAGAAGACAAAGAAGCAGCACAACGACGACUGAGUGUGUUUACUCCAAGAUAAGUCAGCACAAAUGAAUUAUUUCUCCCUGGAAAUCUUUAUUGAAGGUUUGGUUACAUUUGUUUAGCAGGUUUAAUACACUUUGUUGGUGUUCAGACAAGAUUUUGGUGUGAAUGUCAUAAGAACAGCUGGUGUCACAUUGUUUCCCAUCUUGUCCUUUACGUUGUUAUAUUUGAAAAAAACAAACAAAAAAUCUUCAUGGGUCAGAAAGUGAAGAAGACGAGAAAAUCAAACUCACACCUUGGAGGUAUUCUUGUCUCAUUUGUGCACAGAGUUUGAUGUUUGAUUCAGGGUCUAUAUGCAGUUUUCUUAUUUCACGGUUUUAAGAUGAGUGUUCAAUGCUCUUUACGAAGUCUGUGAGCGCCCCCAAAUGCCUACAUUAUUAUUAGCUGAGUUAAAUAGACACAGCCACACUCAGUGGUGGGUGAAAUUAGUGCAGACAGAGCGUCUGCAUGCUGUAAUAAGGUAAUGUUAGGACUGUGUUUUGCAAUGUACCUCUGUUUUCUGUUUUUAAUUUAAUCUUUUUUUUUUUUUUUUGUAAAUAACUUUGUGGAACCUAAUGUGUGUGGUUUUAUACACUGACGUUUC